GUCACACGGAACGCUAGCUUCUACCCGCAUGUGCCACAAAAUUAUAACAAUCGUUCGUUUAAUCGUCCAUUAGCGCCGCCAUGUUGGAUCGGAUUCAAGAACUUUCUUCCUAACGCAGGACGAAGUGGUGUUGACGGUCUGUUUGUGUCAGUUAACAUGGAUUUGAAUGGCGGGGUUUUACUCUUGACAACAGUCCGAGUCUGAAACGCUCUCACCACACGACAAGCUGGCUGUAAAGUUUCACAAGAAGAAGAUUUGUUUCCGUUUUUAAUUUUGUGGUAACUGUUCUUUUCUUUUGUCUUUUUUUUUUAAAACAACUAUCUGGAUUCCGGUACCAUGACGCCUGACCUCCUGAACUUCAAAAAGGGAUGGAUGUCAAAACUGGACAACAGUGGAGAGUGGAAGAAGCACUGGUUCGUUUUGACUGACGCUGGUCUGAAGUACUACAGAGACUCAAACGCGGAAGAGAAAGAUGAUAUGGACGGAGAGAUUGACCUGAAAUCCUGUGUGAAGGUGUCAGAGUUUGAUGUGGAGAAAAACUACGGCUUCCAGAUACAGACGAGGGAGGCGGUCUUCACGUUGUCUGCCAUGACGGCCGGAAUCAGACGGAACUGGAUUGAAGUUCUGAAGAAGUGCAUUCGGCCGAGUAGCUCUCCAGACCUAACUCAAUUACCUGACAGUGGCAGCGAUAAAGAAAAUUCCCACUCACGCUAUCUGCUCUCUUCCCGCCCUUCGACAUUGUCGCGCCACAAUGACGUCCACUCGGAAACCCCGGCCUCCGUUCCCCCCACGCACCGCAGAUUUGACUACGUAGAGCUGUCCCCCGUUCCCAAGUCGUCCACUCCUCUGCCAGCCAAUCAGAGGGAAGCGGGAGAAGGGCAGGGGAGGGAACACACGCAGUGGCAGGAGGAGAGGAGCACCAGCAGCCAGUGGGACGCGGUGUUGUCCAGGAAGGGCACUGGCUCCGGAUCCAACCAAAUGCCACGUGUGGAGAAUGAAAUAGAGAAAAAGUGGGCGGAGUUUGAGCGCAUGCCGUUGAAAGAGAUGAGCGCUCCGCUGCCAAUGGGAUCACGGCCCUCCGGCCAGUCAGCCAAUGAGGCGCUGCAGAGGGAGGUGGCGUCACUGAGGCACCAGCUGGAGGGUCUACAACGGGGGAUGAGAGGUUCGGGGGGAGGGUGUGGGGGAGGAGAGGGAGGUACGAGGAACGGCUGUGGCCCUGACGCCACCUGUGGGCGCAGCCUUGCAGCCAUGGAACGAGCUCAGCGACAUGCGCUAGAGGAGCUGCAGAGGCAGCAUGAACGUCAGGUGAAGGAGCUGCAGAUGGAGAAGGACAGGCUGCUGCAGGAGGAGACGCAGGACACAGCGAGAGUGAUGGAGGCUUUGAGGAAAAAACACAAGGAGGAGCUGGAGAGGGAGGUGGAGAAGGUCAAGAGGUUAAGCAGCGGGGUCGUCGACUCACAGACUUUACAGGUUCAGCAACAGGCUGAAUGGCAGUCGUUGCAGCGGGAGUUGUUGGGACUGUCGGAGCGCUACUCUCAGAAGUGUCUGGAACUGAACCGAGCUGAACAGAGCAGCGCGGAGAGAGAGAGGGAGAUCAGCCACAAGGAGAGAGACAUGGAGCAGCUGAGGAGGGAGAAUCAGGACUUAAAGACUCGUCUGACGGAGGAGAUCGGUCGACUGCAGAGCAGCGUCAAAGCUCAGGGUUCAAAAGACAAGAGAGACAGAACGCUGUGUGAACUAGAGGUUCUUCUCAGGAUGAAAAAGAAUGAAAUAGAGUAUUUACACCAAGAAAUCAGCUGUCUGAGGAAUGAAAUGCAGUUUCUAAACACGGAGAAGCAGCAGGCCUGUGAGAAAUACAAGGAGGUGCAGGAGGAGCUGAGCGGCAUGAAGGGCCGCAGCGAGAGGGAGAUCCAGAGUCUGAAGGAGCACCUGAGGCUGGCCAUGGCUGCACUGCAGGAGGGACAGCAGCUGAGCAACAGCCUGGAACACUGAGAACUGCUGCAGCCGCUGCUGCUGCUGCUGGUGCCAACGCAGUUGUCGACGGGUGACUAGAACAACCAGUGAUGGUGGAGGACAGUCGAUGACUGUUGGACUAUGUGAGGACUAUCAUCGUGCCUUAAUCAAUCAGUAAUCAAUCAUCCUGCCAACCUGCAGCGUAGAGCAGCUGUUUGUUGGUUUCGUUACACUGGGCUCCACAUCGUCGUCAUCAUGUAUAAAUAAAAAGAAAAAAAAACUGCACUUUUUUUUUUAAUCCUAGCUUUUGUAUGUCGAGGCUUGUUUGAGUGAGAAUUUUUGUCAGAAAACUGGAACUCUUAUAUUUUUACCACUUGUUGUAAAUACAGAUUUCAUGCUGCGUCAGCUUUUUUUUGUGGGACAAACGUCUUAUUGCCACUGUCUGAGUGAACACAGUCACAGGAGACAGGCUGCUGUCGUCACACUUUCCUGUUGUACAGUUUCUGGUUUGUGUUUCUUAGGAAACAGGAGCUGUCCAUGUGGUGAUGCUGAGGAACGUUAGAGAAACAUCUAUUGGGGUCAACUAUUCAUGUGCGUGUGUGUGUAUGAGAGAUGGGGGGGGGGCUGCUGUCAUAAGCUGAUGAACAGAUGCUGUCAAACAUCAGUUACUCUAUUAUUAUUAUUUUUUAAAACAUUGGCUGAGAAGAAACAUCUAUGGAGCUUCCAGUUUCCCCCCCUCUGGAAAUGGCAUGUAGUGAAUGUGCCACACCCACAACCCAUGACAGGCAUUGCAUUGAUGAGCCAAUUUUUAUUAUUGACAGUAUGUAUUGUGAUAAAAAUGACUUGUCUACCUACUUUUUAAAAUAACUUUUUUUCAUAUUUAAUGUACUGAAGAGUUUGUAUUGUCUUUGUAAAUUAUAUGCAUUUUUUGCAAUCAAUUAAAAAAAAGUUAUACAAAAA